AUGGAAACUUUUACGAGGGUGACUCCUACAUCGUUCUCUAUCACAUCUGACAGUAUUCCGCAGCUGUUCAUCACUGAAAAAUUCUUUAGAUUACUCGAUAGCGAGAUUAUAAUACACAGAAAAUAUGGUGAAAUUUCCACUAAUCUUUCACUUCUGCAGGAUGAACGAGGAACGGCCGCCAUCAAAACCGUAGAAAUUGAUGACAGUUUUGGAGGCGUUCCGGUGCAAUAUCGUGAGGUGCAAGAUCAUGAAUCUUCGCUAUUUCUGUCGUACUUCAAAGAUGGUAUCAAAUACCUGAAAGGAGGUGCCGAAUCUGGUUUCAGACCGGUGAAAGAUCAAUAUGAGAAUUGGAAGCCACGUCUGUUCCACUGUAAAGGAAAGAGGAAUGUGCGUUGCACAGAGGUCGAGUGUAACUGGAAAGAGUUGAAUCUUGGUGAUGUGUUCAUUCUGGAUUGUGGUCUUCAAAUCUAUGUUUGGAUGCCACCUGAAAGUGGUCGUCUUGAACGCAUUAAGGUUUCAUCUUUCCAUUUCUCCAGGCCCCUAGAUGCCUUCAUACUGGAUGCAUGGGAAGGUGGUGUUUACGUGUGGGUUGGCAAAGGAUGCACGAUGAACGAGCGAAAGAAGGCGAUGGAGUGGGCGCAGGAAUAUCUCAAGCGACAGGUACGUUGUGUGCUCAAUGUUAUUUCAUCCAACGAUCGGAGUCAUCCACAGAAACCCUUUUUUUUGAAUCGUUAA